AGGGUCGUGAAAGACAAAGACUAUACCAAAAAUCCAGACCAAUUAUUAUCCUGAAGAGGACAAAAAUCAUUAUUAUCGCAGAAAAAAGAACUAUAGAUUUCAGGAUACAUCGUCCUGCAGAACUCAGACGACAUCUUCUAUAAUCUUGCACACAAAACCUCUAAAGCCAAACUUCAACUUUCGUCCACCUGACAAGUAUUUGUAUACUAGUUGUCGCACUACCCAAGAUCAUGCAGAUGAUGCUCUCGUCCCGUACUAGCUCCUCGGCCCGUCGUUGUUCCUACCAGGCUCGACUGCGCUAUGCGUUGCUGGCGAUGGCAGUUGCGGCAGGGUUUUCUUUAUCCGUCCUCGUCGGGCCACCUGUUGCGCACGCACUCCAGCUUCAAGCACUUCUAUCGUCGGGGGCAGCGCGGGGGAGCGAGAGUCGACGUCCCAUGCCGGGUGCAGGUGCUGGCGCGGCCCUCCGGCGUAGACGCCGGAACUUUACUUCGCCCAGCCGCGCGUCGUCCUCGUCCUCGUCCUCGUCCUCGCCCGACCGCAGGAGGGAAAGCGCGGGCGGUCCUCGACCCAACGAGAGUUCGCAGAAUCCGGAUCUUCAAGGCUCCUCGAGCCGACAGUCCAGCGUGGUCGCACCUCCUCCUCCGGCCCAGAUUCUUGACACGGCUGCACUAACGAACGAAGCACACCAGGACGAGGGUUUGAAAGUUGUGCUGGGCCAGGACGGGCUUUGGGAGUUCUGGACCAGGAUAUGAGAGUGCACAACCCCCCCUCGUUCCCCUCAUUUGUAUAGCAUCGACAGCAAUACAAACAACAGCACAUCACGUGAUGUAUGCUGUGCAUGACAAGUUUAUGGACGGGUUGUAAGUAGUGCUGUUUUGGCUAGCAGAAUUUGUCAUGCAUAAUAGUAAUACAAGGGAUCAACUGGAUUUGAGAUUUUGCAUGACAAAUGAGGGGGAGGGGGGGUUGUGCACUGUCAUACAGGACUUGUGGAAGUGGUUGGCUGGACAAGCAGUCGUUGCUAGCCUGCAGGGGUGUAAGCCGGCUGGUCGAAGAAUGCGCCAACACGGAGGUGUUUCAGCGUCUGGGCGGAAGAGCUCCAAGAGUGGCUGCUUUGGAGGGACAGAUCCAAGACGCAGAUACACGAGUGCACGCCGCCUGGGCACGCAUAUGAGGUUCUCAAAUGUUACAUUCUCAACUGUUACAAUGAAUUUGUCAUGCAAAACUCCC